CGACCGCGGCCUCAUCUACGAAACACCACCUCAAGCAUACUAAGGACCUCAGCUAGGACUAGGACGAUGUCGACGGAGUCGAAGGAUGUGCCCGCGGACCCGUCCGCGCUCCAGCCCUCGGCGGAGCAGGAGCUGCCAAAGGCCAACUUCGAGGUGUCCCCCGUGCCCCCGAAUCCGCUCGGCGAGGGCCGGUAUAUCAAGACUGCCGCUGCGCUGGUCAUCGGAGACGAGAUCCUGAACGGGAAGACGCUCGACCGGAACUCGAACUACUUCGCGCGGUUCUGCUUCGAGAACGGGAUCGACCUGAAGCGCAUAGAGGUCGUGCCCGACGAGGAAGACGACAUAGUCGAGGCCGCGCGCCGCCUCGUCAAGAACUUCGACUUCGUCAUCACGACGGGCGGGAUCGGCCCCACGCACGACGACAUCACGUACCAGUCGCUCGCGGCCGCGUUCGGCCAGCCGCUCGCGCACCACGCGGAGACCCUCCGGCGGAUGGGCGAGAUGAUCAAGCACCGGACGGACGUCGCAAACCAGACCGAGGAGCAGCGCGUCGCGCGCGAGCGCAUGGCGCUCUUCCCCGCGCACGCGGAGGUUCUCUACAUCGCGCCCGACGUCUGGGUGCCGGUCGUGCGCCUCGAGGGCAAGCUCUGCGUCUUCCCCGGGAUCCCGAAGCUCUUCCAGCGGAUGGUCGACGGGCUCGCGCGGCUCCUCCCGCUGCCCCCGCCGGACCAGCGCCCGUUCCGCCAGCAGGUCUUCACAAACCUGCCCGAGUCCUCCAUCGCGCCGUACCUCACGCGGCUCCAGGCGCGCGUCAAGGACGCGGGGGUGCGCGUCGGGUCGUACCCGCUGCUCGCGAAGGGCGUGUACGUGUCGCUCAUCGGGCGCGAUCGGGAGAAGGUGAGUGCGCUGGCCGAGGAGGUCGCGCGGGAGCUGCAGGGGCGGCUGGUGAGCGAGGAGGAGGCGCAGAAGGAGAAGGCGGCGCUCUGAGGUAGCGUGGUGUGGCGCUGGGGUGGGGUUUGACGGGGCUGGGGAGAUUGGAGGCGCCGGUUGUGUAUUGAUGGUGUAGUGUGCGAUGUUUGUUUAUGGAGUAUUCGCGCCAUUUUGGUCCCCCGCGGAGCGUAGUACCGGACGUACACAAGCUGAAGUCACGUCGGCAUCUUCGGGUCCCACCGCGCGCAUUUCUUGUGGCUGCCACAGUCUUUCUCCAGGUAGACACUAAGGAGCAAGGUUUCCUCCGCUCCUCUUCUCCUAGCAUGCUGGAAUUGCACCGGCUAUCGUCACCCACAUCAUAUGCACGAGUGAUGAUGUGCGAGUCCAUGAAGCGGUCCUAUGCGAGGCUAUGUCGCUCGUCAAAGCGCACUUCGAGAGUGGCCUGCGCGGACCGUGCCGCGCUAACGUUGCGUUACACCCCGCUCUCCCGGAGUCCCACACGGAUUAUGCUACGCGGCUCCUGGCAUCAGCCCAGCUGUCAGAGAAGGCGCACCGGGACUGGUGCGGCCGACUCGGAGGGCCCAGAUGGCUGUUAGUGGGCGCGCCUUGAUCGAGUGUAAUCAGAGCCGAUCUCGUAGAUACUGUUUUUCGGCCACGUUUUCCGGCCAACAUCGGGUGUAGUGAGGAGAUACCUUGAGCGAGCUGCAGGAACACAGCAGGAACACAGCAGGAAGUUGGAACAACACCUGAACUGGGCCAGCAUUCAUGUACAGCCUAACAUUCCCCUCCCACCCCAGUAGCUAGUAGCCUCCCUCAAUUCUCC